GUUACUUCGUAACACCAUUCCCCUCCUUAGUAAGCUUGUCCCAAGCUUCUAAUACUUAAGGAGUUUAGUGGCCGCUGAUUGAGAGACAAAAAUGUCUUCGGUCUCUUCCCUUCGCCGCAAACGUCUUGCUUCCGAAAUUGAAGAGUCGGGAAGCAUCGUAAUUCUCAGUUGUGAACAUUGCUUAAUCCGUGGACUGACCUAUGUCGCCAUGUCCUCUUCAAAAAGUGUCAAAUGCGCAAACUGUGCUCGCAAGGGAAUAAAAUGCGUCGACGUGUCCUGGGAAAUUCUGGAUAAGACCAGGGAAGAAGCCAAAUCAGCCAUAGAAGAGAGUCUUGAGGAAUUAUCGGAAGUUUAUGCAAAGCAACAACAACUAAACACCAAACAACAAAAACUUCUUGCUCAACUUUCUUGAAGUCGGAAAAUUCUGAAGAUAGCCAAAAGUCGUGCAAAAGCGAAGGCUAUUUGUUUGAUAGAUGAAUUAGAAGAGGAAGAAGAGGCUGAACGAAUAAGAAAUGGUGGUCACUCUGAUGGUGAGCUUCGCGAGCUUACAGAUAAUCUCACCAUCUUUAACCAGAUCAUUGAAACCCGAGAGGUUUCGAAUACAUCGGAUUCUCAUGAUGGAAUCGCGAUAAUUCAAGCGGACAGUUGAGGUUCUUGUACGGUUCCCAAGUGUUUUCUUCCAGAUCUUCUCAACCUCGUAUUCCUGCU